AUGUGCGUAGAAGAGUACUAUGGCAUUGUAAACCAACUCCCAGGUAUUUUAAGCAUUUUAAUGUUUUACCCCAUCAAAGCAUUGUAGAAGCUGCAUUUUCCUUCCCAACAAGAUAUCAAGGAUGGCGAGCAAACGUACAAGCAAGAAGGUCACAAAGAAGCGUGGACAACGAGCCACUUCAAACAUCUUCGCGAUGUUCGACCAGUCGCAGAUCCAGGAGUUCAAAGAAGCAUUUAACAUGAUAGAUCAAAACCGAGACGGUUUCAUUGACUCCGAAGAUCUAAAAGAUAUGUUUGCAUCGUUAGGAAAGGAGCCUGAUGAUGCCUUGGUUGAUAGCAUGAUGGGAGAGGCUCCUGGUGCUAUGAAUUUUACUAUGUUUCUAACACUGUUUGGCGAGAAGUUGAACGGAACGGAUCCCGAAGAUGUGAUAAGAAAUGCGUUUGGUUGCUUCGAUGAACAAGGUAGUGGGAAACUACACGAGGAUCAUUUGAAACACUUGCUGAUGACCAUGGGUGACAGGAUGAGCCUUGAAGAGGUUGAAAUGAUGUAUCGCGGUGCCCCAAUUGAUUCAAGAGGAAACUUUGACUAUGUAGCAUUCACUAAAGUGUUAAAACAUGGCACAAAGGACGAAUGAAUGCUGGUCAACUUUAUGAAAAGAAUAUAGAGUAAUAUAAUUCAAUGGACAAUAUGUUUCUUAUAAGCCACAUCAAGUGUACACCGCACAUAGUUGUUUUAUAGUAAUUGUAUUAGAAUUUGUUUUGUAAAGUUUGUACACUUUUGAAGAGAUAUUUGAGCAUGCA